GUCAAACCUGUCUGCUAAGGCUUAGUGUUAGUGUUAGUGUUAGAGAGGGUCUGUGAACACAUGCGUUACUUGUACAUUUGUACAGUUUGAUCUUGUUCCGGUUUCCUGCACGUGAAUGAGAGCUCGAGUGUGUUGUACGUGGCAGCAGUCUUGUAGCAUGACUUCAGCAGUACUCGGGUAAAUGAGUGCAGAACAGACGGAGCGCACUUCACAGGACUGAUUAGAGACUAACACUGACUAACUGUGUCCUGUAGAGAAUGGAGCUGUGGCUGAAGAUGUGCUGACGUCGGGCUAACGUUAUAACAUUAUUACACUGCACUAAAAAUAGUCAGCUUGCUAAAACUCCCAGCAUUUCUGUGAAGUUGUUUGGCGAGCUUUCUGCUGCAGUGCUGGUACCGGAACUACACGGAAUGCCGAGAACUGUGAGCAGGGUUCUUUGAUUGGCAGCUGUGAGUGCCGCCUGUGGCCAGGAGGAUGAAGGUGCGCUGGUCCCGGAAGGUAGCUCUUCUGACGAAGGCUGGCUUCUUCCUCUCCAUUCUGUGGCUCUUCUACCUCCUCCUGUUCCGCUCUUCCAACACAGCUCCGGCCGAAGAUGGCGGCAAACACAAUGUACAGGCUCGGGACAUCUUUACUCAAGGAGAAGAGGACGCAGAGACCCUGAAGCGGCCCAUUUAUGUGAAGCCUCCACCUGACCUGAGGGCGCCUGGAGAGUUUGGCAGAGCUGCCCGAAUGAACCUUAACGACGAGGAGAAGAAGCAAGAGCAGGACAGCAUCGAGCGCUACGCCAUCAACAUCUACGUCAGCGACAAGAUAUCACUCCAUCGCCAUAUUGAGGAUAACAGGAUGCACGAAUGUAGAAGCAAGACGUUUGACAUCCGUCACCUUCCAACCACAUCUGUGAUCAUCGCCUUCUAUAAUGAGGCCUGGUCCACCCUGCUAAGAACCAUUCAUAGUGUACUGGAGACUGCACCUGCUGUCCUGCUGAAAGAAGUCAUUCUCGUUGAUGACCUAAGUGACAGAGGCUAUCUGAAAUCCCAGCUGGAGGAGUACAUUAGCAACCUGGAGCGUGUGCGCCUCAUCCGCACGAGUAAGAGAGAGGGACUGGUCCGAGCUCGGCUUAUCGGUGCCACUUAUGCCACGGGAGAUGUACUCACCUUUCUGGACUGCCACUGUGAGUGUGUGCCCGGCUGGAUCGAGCCUCUGCUAGAAAGAAUUGCUGAGAAGCAGGACACUGUUGUAUGUCCAGUGAUUGACACCAUUGACUGGAACACAUUUGAGUUUUAUAUGCAGACUGAGGAGCCCAUGGUGGGUGGCUUCGACUGGCGGCUUACAUUCCAGUGGCACUCCGUGCCUGAGGUGGACCGCAAAAGACGGAAAUCCCGAACAGACCCCAUUAGAUCUCCCACCAUGGCUGGGGGCCUGUUUGCCGUAAGCAAGGCCUACUUUGAAUAUCUGGGCACUUAUGACACAGGCAUGGAGGUAUGGGGAGGAGAGAAUCUAGAGCUUUCCUUCAGGGUUUGGCAGUGUGGAGGCUCACUGGAGAUUCACCCCUGUUCCCAUGUGGGUCAUGUCUUUCCUAAGAAGGCACCAUAUGCCAGGCCAAAGUUUCUCCAGAACACGGUGCGAGCUGCUGAGGUCUGGAUGGACUCUUACAAGGAGCUUUUCUAUAACCGCAACCCUCCUGCUCGUAAGGAAACGUACGGGGACAUUUCAGACAGGAUUCUUUUACGAGAGCGGCUGAAGUGCAGGAACUUUGACUGGUAUCUAAAGAACAUCUACCCGGAUCUGCAUGUGCCUGAGGACAGACCUGACUGGCACGGAGCUGUGCGUAGUGGUGGGAUUCCCUCUGAGUGUCUGGACUACAACGCUCCAGACCACAAUCCCACAGGGGCUCACCUGUCUCUGUUCGGCUGCCAUGGACAAGGUGGGAAUCAGUAUUUUGAGUACACUUCGUAUAAAGAGAUCCGCUUUAACUCUGUAACUGAGCUAUGUGCGGAGUACAUAGCCGGCCAGAAACAAAUCGGAAUGAAACACUGUCCUCAUGACGGAGAGCCAGUUCCUUCCACCCUCGUCUGGGAGUUCAGAGACGACGGAACGAUCUAUCACCCUCUGUCAGACAAGUGCAUAACUGCGUACCGUACAGCAGAGGGCCGGACCGACGUGCACAUGCAAAAAUGCUCUGCUGAAGCCACGAACCAACAAUGGAAGUUUGAAUGAUUGUGAUUUCCACAUUACAUCGAAUUCAAGAAGUGCAUCUCACAUGAAGUCCGAGCAGCAAUUCAGCAGCUUGUUCAAGGAGUCAGUAAUUCUCGUCCUGUUUUGCACUGUAACUCUGACUGGAUUGGAGUGGGAUUAAGAGGUACUAAAACUAACUAUGGAAAUAUAAAGCGACUACUUCAGUUGCUCAGAAAGAAUUUGAAUUUGAAUUGUUGUUCACCGACAAAAAUGUGGAAGGCCUGUGGUUUGUUGACGACAGGCUGUGUCCUGUGCCUUUGAAAACCAAAGGUGAUCAAGUCUAUUUUUAUUGUAUUAUUUUUCCUCUGUUUUAUCCGGUUUCUUGAAAAGGAUGUACAGUAGCAAUAUGAGGAAGGAAAUAGAGUAGUGUUGGAACACUAUUUGUGUUUACAUGAUUGCACUAUGUACUGAUACUUCAGCAGAACAGUGAGACGUGACUAGUUGGUCAAAGCUCAGCUUUUGUAUUUAUAAAAGUUUAUUUUUAGGUGAUACUUAUUUCACAGAGUGGUGAGAACCUGUUUAGCUUUCUGCAUUCUUUCUUCCCUCUCUAUUCAUGACAUUCUAGACAAGACUUUUAAAACAAACAAAAAAAACAAAACAUGACGUUGAUGUUUGUACCUAUUGUACCUGUUGACAUCUUUCCAUUAUGUUGUUGGUUUGUUUUCUUGUAACCUCCACAAACAUAUUCUGCACCAACACACUGUGCCUUGUUGCUGUGAUCUCAACUGCGAAAUCACUCAAGCUGACUUAAUAGAUGACAUUUUUUCCCCCAGUUGAGUUUCAGUUGAGAAGCUGAUCAUGGGGGUCAAACUUUAAGAUGUCAACAGACUUAUGAAGAAAAAUAUUCCUAAAUCAAACCACUGUGCCUUAGAUAGGAAGCUAGGAAGAAAAUGAUUGUAUGAUGAUGGUAUGAUGAUGGUAAUAUAAAGAUCUCAUAAUGUGUUAAAAUGCAGUGAGACCUUUGUUCAAUAGAAUUGAUGCACAAUUGUGUGAACAUGUCCACAGAAAACUGCCUGUGUCAUGCCUUCCUGGCCACUUUCUUUAUUCAAGUGUCUGUUUUCAUGCUUUGGGUGUAACGUAACUAAAUAGUCAGGCGUUUUCUUAAACGUUAGCCAAAGGAAAACAUUUAAACUGCUGUUAGUCAUUUUCUUUCUGAAGUCUUACAGAUGUCAAAAUAACACUGUAUAAUUUUAUGUUUGAAGUAAAAUAUUUUCACUUAGGAAUAGCAGGAGCGCAGUUACAGGACCAGUCUGAAAUUCCAUGUAUAUUACAAUACACCGUGGCCUUAAAAACUGUACAUCAUGGACUUGUUUCGGCUAUUCUCAUUUGCGAAUAUUAAGUCAUUAGUCAUUUCUGACGAUGAAUCUGGUUUAUGUUUCUAGAUGUUUAUGUAUAAACAUGGUAUAAAGGGACCUUUAUGUUAUGGUGUAAAUGAAUAUUUGAAAACUACUGAUUAUUCACAAAUUGUGGUGAUUGCCUUCUGUACCAUACAGUACAAUAAUUACAUUAUAUUUAUUGUACUGAAUCAGCCGUUUUGACCCGACGACCAAUACGAUGUAAAUGGAUCAAAUUUAUUAUUUUUGAACCAAUGAAAAUUGGUUGGAAUUUUUGAACCGAUUUUAGGCAUCAUAAAAACAAGAACCAUGUCCAGUGUGUUGUCUCUUUCUGUACUCUUUUGCAGUGCCAUCUUGUGGUAAACAUUAAAUUAUUGCCAUGUGAUUCAAUA